AUAGCAUGGCACUUGCCGCUGCAGCUUUAGAUGAGUGUCGUUUGCCUGGAUUUCAUUGGGCGAUGCGGUACCUUGAGGGUGUUAAUGCGGUUGUCUCUUGUUGUAAACAAAAAUAUGUCAGCGGAAUCGGAGAGGGAGGCUUGUCUUGUCUUUUUGAGGGACCUCCCCGGGAAAUUGAGCGCAAGGCACAUCUUCACCGGCUACCCGCACCGUGAGACGCAGCGAUGCCCCAGCAGAGGGAGGUCUCGUCUCCGUCCCGCCGCCUCGGCCUGGCAUCCACCCGCCUCCAGACACUGAUGCCCGACCACGACUUUCCAUGAGGCCACCACCAGAACUCAGCUCGACCGCUCUGUAUGGGGCCUCUCACAUAUGAAUUGACAUGGAGGAUGAAGAUGGGACUUGUCUACUUGAUGUUUUGUGUGACCCCCAAGCCCUGAACGACUUCCUUCAUGGGACCAAUGAGCUGCAGACUGAAGACCUGCUCAUUAACUCCUCCUCUGGGGAGCCCUCCCUCUUCACAGAUGCCCCGAGUCCUGUCUCUCUGCUGGGAGAUGGCAGGGACUCCCCAGACACGCCUCCGCCUGGAUGUGUGGAUCUGUCCUUCCUGGAAGAGGCCCUCCUGUCAUCUCCAGAGGGUGGAGAAGACCCACAGGUGGUGCAGGGUGAGCCACCUGUGGAGGCAGCUUGUGAGGCAGAGAAGAGAGAAGUGGAGGAAGAGGAGGAGGCGGAGGUGGCAUGUGAUAUCCUCCAGCAGAGCCUACAGGAGGCUGAGAUCACUGAGCAGACCAUGGCUCUGGAAGCAGGUCUGGCACAAUCAGGGGACAGCCUGUCCCUGUACUCACCGGCCCCUCUCCUUUCUCCACCCACCGCUCCAUUCAUUCCUAAAUCUGUGACCUUGCCUGUGACCACGGCAUUGCCCAGAGACACCCAGGCAGCAGUGGAGCCUCCCCAGCCCUCCCUAAUGGCUGUCGGGCCUGGAUGUCCUUCUUUAAAGCCUGCCGCCCCUCCUCAGCUGAUGGGGCUACUACCUGGAAAUGUAUUUCCUGCUCCUUCUCCAGAGACCUCCUUCUCUCUAAGUCCUGCCCAGGGCUCAAGUAUGAUCAUCCACAAGGCUGUGCCGAGCGUUGCCAGUCGACCUCUUAUAACUCCAACCCUGAGAGCAGCAGCAGCAGCAGCACCGAGCAUCGUCCUGCAGCGCGCACCUCUUCCUAUACAGCCCAAGUUGCCCAUCAGCAUUCAGCCCAGACUGGUUCAAAUAAGCCCCAAGCCCUCUGGGCAGAAGCCCACUCCUGGUCUUACAUUCGUCCCUGGGACUGCCUCACCAAACAUUCUAUUGUCUCAAGCAGCGGGCCAAAAGACUGUCGCUCCGCCACCGCAGCCCACCCAGCAGCUCCCCAAACCAGUCAGCCUGCAGCUGGUCAAUCAGGGUGGCUCCUUUGUGCUCCAGCCUCAGGGACUCUUCCAAGGCCAAAACCAGUUCCUUCUUCCGGGCCAGUCUCCUGUUACAAUCUCCCAGCCUGUCAGUGCAGCACGACCGCUGCUGACACCCAGUCACCAAGGCUCAUCGGUUCACAGCAUGACCCCCUCCACUGGGCAGCUUGUAGACGGCUCUCAGAUCUUAACUGUGCCCCAAAGACAGCUGAAUUUCAGCCCUGUGUUCACCACCCCAGCUGGGCAGCUAGCGCUCCGCCAGGCCACUGUGCUUUCAGGACCUUUGCAGCUACAGUCAGCACCUGCUACUGUCUUCCAGAUGCCAGCACAGCUGGCUGGAACCUAUGCUCCAGGAGGGCAGGGGCAACGUGCCACCCUGGUCCACAGUCCUGCUCUUGGAAACCACAUUACCUUGAUCAACAGUUCAGGGGUGCUUCCCCCAGAUCUUACUUCUAUCUCAAUCGUUAAUGGCCCCUCAAUGGUUCAGGGGAUGCCUUUUGCUGCCCAGGGCCCAGCUCCUCCGAGAGGAGUGACAGAAGGACAGCUAAACCUCCAGCAGGCCUCGGUGGUCCUGCUGCCAGAGAGAACUAUUCAAGAAGAGAGGACCAGCUCUGAGGAGACUUUUCACCAGCUACAACAGCCCUACGGACACACUCUCCAGCACAUCUCUGUACAGUCCACCACUUCUGCAGGGCUGCAAUCCUCCUCUCCCCCUGUGGUUACAGUCCUACAGCCACCUCCUGAAGCACCUCUGGCCCCCGACCCUGCAGAGAUGCCCAAACUCUUGUUGCCCCCAUCAGAUAUGACCCAAGUGGUAGAGGAGGUGACCCACUCGAUGAGUCAGAACCAGGCCUUUAUGCAACAUCUGCAACAGCAAGCACUUAGUCCCCCGAUCACUUCUGAAUUGUUGGUUGGAGCGCUGCCGGUGGUGCCAAUGGAGUCGCUUGCCUCACCAGUCACCAGUGACAGAGAGUCCCAACCUCAGACCCAUGCAGUCUCCGGUCAGAACACACACACAGUGAUGUCAGACCAGUGUGUUGAGGUUUCGCCGCUUCACUCGGACCCUGAGGAUACGCCACUGAUCUGCUCCCCCUCUCAGAUUCAGGACACUGGAAGACCAGCAGCAGCAACUUUUUCCCCUCCAACUGGCCCUCAGAUUGCUCUGCCAGGACCUGAGAAUUCAGUCCCCCAGACUACAGCUUCCCAGCCACACAGUGAACCUCUGGUUCAGUACGAAGUCCCUCAUCAGCUACAGGUAUCGCAGGCCUUGUUUGCCCACAACCAGGCGCAGAUCCAGUCAGCUGUUUCCAAGCCUCUGCCCCAGGCUCAGGCCCCAGUUUCACGGCCCCAGACCCAGGUCUCAGUUUCCCAACCCCAACUAUCUGUUUCCCAGCCUCAGCCUUCAAUCCAUACUUCAAUCCACAGCAGUCAAUCCCCUCUGCCUGUGAGUGUCUCGGUGCCUCAGCAGCAGCCUAAUCCCACAGCUGCAUCUGCAGUUCUCUCCAAAGCAGGAGACGACUCUGCUGUCCAACAGCACACACAAAACAAGCCAACAGCUGCCUUGGCCGUGGAGAGUAAGGCAUUUACUCUCGAUGUCCAUCCACCCUCUCCUGCAGCCCAGGGGGUCCAGGGGCCCCCUGCUCCCAUGGAGUGCGCCCCCAUCCAGACUUGUCAGCAGACGAGCACCAAGCUGGCAGGUCCUCUGGAGCUGCAGAGAGAGGAGAGGCUCACACCAGCAAUGCGCAGGCACAGGUUCCAGCAGCAGCUUUGUUUGGACCAUGGAGCAGUGCAGGCUCCGUUCACUGGCCCAGCCUUCUCCACACUGAAGGACGCCGUUAGACGCCUGCUGCCGUACCACACCUGCGCUGGUCACCUGCCCACUCAGGAUGACUUCAAUUUAGUGGACCAGGAGUUCGACACUGUGUCCGGUUUCCUGCUGAAACGCACCAAGGACAUGGUCAACAAAUACAGGCAGCUAUUAGUUAGAGAAGCCCAGCAGGAGAGUCCCUCAGCAGAGAUGGUGAUGCUGGAGCGUCUCUUCCUCCAGGCCGAGCGAUACGCUCUAGCAGAGGACAGACGGCGAGCCCGCAGAGACCCGGAGUCCUUUAUGACAGCUUUGGCUACGUCAGCGUCUUCCCCUCAUGCCCACUCCUCUGGCAGCCCCUCUUCUCCCCCGGCCUGGACCAGACUGUCCGACAGGCCUCCGGGACUGAAGACCUACCGCUCCAGCUCGCGGGGGGCUCUCAGACUUACCAUCAAGCAGGAGUCGGGCUCUCGUAAGGUGAUCCACAACUCGGCCUAUGACCCGGGACUCAAAAGGGACCACACGGGGCAGCUGACCAACGGUGGUGGAGCUGUGAGCGAACGCCACUCUCAGGCACCCAACGGAGAAUCCCAGCGUCCUCAGCAUGACGAGGAGAUGACCAACGGAGCUCCGCUCAGUAACACUGCUGAGCAAGUCUCACAGACAGCACCCACUUCCGUAAAAAAAGUCCCAAAUCCUCUUUCUAUGCCAGAGCCGCAGGAUGUGUGCUUUGAGUUGCCUCCCAGAGAUGUCAGCGCUCCAAAACUGAAAUGUUUCAGGUUGGAUGCGUCACCUCGGGCCGAGCAGCGGUUCAGCCCGCCGCCUCCGCCUCUCCAAGAGGACAACAUGCUCAGUGAACAUCUACAGAGUGCCAUCGACAGCAUACUGGAGCUUCAGCGCCUGCAGGGCCCCUCUGCAGCCCCGACAAGGGCCACGUCAGGCCCGCAAUUGGACCAGGCUGUCACCAGCAUCCUGGAGGGACACCUGUGAGGUAAUCUGCAUUGACAGGCAUCCACACAGAUCCUAAAACAUCGAAGUUGGAGUAAAACAAAGGAAGGUGUACAAGACUUCUUACCUGUUCCCAGAAGGGUUUCAGAUUUUACAGAAAAAGCGAGGAGAAAAAAGUUAAGAGGCACUAUAAGCAGAUGCAUACCAGACAACAGCACUAUCUAUAGUCCGAUAGAUGUUAGAUACUUCAUUUUGAUGUACGUUUGUGGAAAAAAAAUCUAUUUGAAUAGGAGCUAUAUUGUUUCAGUGGUAGUUGAGUCAUUCAGAGGUUUACGACACUGGUGUAACCUUCAUCAGCAUAUAGUAUAUAAGUAAUAGUGAGGCAAACGAAAACGUGGAGUAGACUGAGAUUAUUCAAUAGUUUUUUAUAAGAUUUCUUUCGAAAAUGUGAAGUUUUCAUUUGCAUAGUGCCAAGCUUCCAGGGUAUUUAUUUUGAUAAUCUGUGCCAAUUGUGUUUUGCGCAGCGAAGGUGUGCGUGCGUGUUUUACUUUGGUUUGUGUGGAUCCGAUGAGUGCGUGUGUGUGUGUGUGUGUGUGUGUGUGUGUGUGUGUGUGUGUGUGUGUGUGUGAGAGAGAGAGAGGACAUUGCAUCCUGCUAUGGGACAGUACACAAAAAAACAAAAAAAAAAUAUAGAAUUCCCGCAGGCUCCAUCAUCUCGGCUUAAUGAAUGAAACUCCAAAGAAUUUGUGCUACAUCCUGAAUACACCAGCAAACGUCCGUGUUGUGUCUCUUCCCACAAACUGGAGUGCGUCCUUGUUAUAGCAGAAAGAACCCGAGGCGGAUAAAAAUACACAUUAGGCAGUCAUGCUUUCUUAUUUUUCAUUUUUUGGACCUGUGAAAAAUUUCUAGUUUUCUGUGCGUUUUCAGAAACGAUAAUGGUUUCCCAUACUGUAUGUAUUAACAUGCAAGCAAUAAUAAGUUGGGGUUGUUGGGAGCAGUGGUGGUGCAGUGAAGUGAAGGAGACGACAGAUCUUUGCCUGUUUUGCUUAUCGGUGUCAUUGGAUGAGAACAAAGAUUAUUUAUCAUUGACUAAGAUGCUUACUCCAUCAUCAAAGCCCGUGUAGUUUAGAAAUUGUGUUUCUAACAUGUUUUAAGGGCUUUGAGGGUACUUAACUGUAAACGUGACCAUGAAAAUGUCCAUUUUAGGGGAAAAAACCCACCAAAACAGACAAACUGUACAGAUAUUGAGCCUCUCUGCAUCAUCAAACAGCCUUUGACCAAAAACUAGAGGAACCAUCCGCUUCUCAUCUCUUUAGAGUUCUCUUUGUUUCUAGCCCGCUGUCCUAAAGCUGGAGCUUUACUUUACCGCAGCCGUUGUGGAGCAAUAUAUGAUUUUUGCAACAUCUUAUGUUAAUGUGACAAUCUUAUUGGUCUAUGUGAAGGUGUGAAUUCUGGUCAUUUUGGGGUCAUUUGUAACAGCUGUACGACUCUCUCCCUCGUGAAACGCGUGCAAAAUGUUCCUUGUGGAUUUUUGCCUAGAAGGUUGAAACGUACAAGCGGCAAAUAGUCUCCCUUUUUUGUGAUAUUACCUGAAAAUUUGUUUAAAAUAUUUUGCUUUUGCAAAUCCCGUUAGGGAUAAAGGUUUGACUUGCGAAUUGGAAUUGUCGAGAAAAUGCCUUAUUUUAAUUUCAGUGUACCUGAAUUGGAGAAAAAGCUGAUUAAUGUGGUGUUUUUGAAUACUUUUGAAUAACAUCUGGUGUUCUGAAAGUGAAAAUAACUUGUCCCUUCAAAGAAAAAAAGAAAAAGAAAAAAAAAGAUCCAGAGAUUUGGGGCUAAAUCUGAAACUCAUUUGUUGAAAUGUAUUGUUUGGUUUCCUUUUUUUUUUUUUUUUUUUUUUUUU